GCGUAUCCGGAUUGUCAAGUCUGAUGUUCGUUGCGGCGGCCUGCGGCAACGCGGUCCAUGUAUACGACGUGGACGGAGGCACGUUACGCGAAGGUCGAACAAUCAGCAGUGCCAUCGAAACCGAAGCGACAUGCGCAGUAUGGAACCACAACAAUCGCAUCCUCGUCAACUCGUUUGCGAACGGCCUCAUAUCGAUCAACACGUUGGCCAGGCAACGCGAUGCAACUGUGUGCAAUCUACAGGAAGGAUCCAGCAGCGCAGACAUGCGCGUGAACAGUCUGCAUCUGAGUGCCGGAUCUAGAUACCUCAUCAGUGGAGGCACUGACCGCACUGUUCGAGUAUGGGACCUGAAGCGCCAACACCUCAAACACUCGUUUCCAGCCUGCAAUAGCGCCAUCCGCAGUGUCACAUUCACAGGCCAAACCGACGAAUUCAUUGUUGCCGGCUGCGAUAGCGGUGACAUCUACCUCUACCACGCCCAGCAAGGCACCGCCGCUGGCAUCUGCCGCGAUCGUGACGACGCCAGUGCCAUCCAAGCAGUGCAGUCGUCUUCCCAUCCUUUUGUUCGCAACAAGCUCGGAACGGUGCAAUCAUCUGGGACACUGUGCCUCUGGGACGUGGCAACCGCGUCGCUCGUGUCCAAUUUCCCGCGGCUGCAUUGGGCACCGGCGACGUGCGUUGCGUUUUCGCCCGUGCACAAACAUUUGGUCGCGACGGGCGGAUUGGACAAGCGAAUCGUGUUUAGCGAUUUGGGCCUUCAAAAGGAAAUCAAUUGCCUAGAAUCACCAUACCCUGUGACCACCAUGUCGAUGCACACAAACGGACAACUCAUCGCGACCGGCACUUCUACCGGCCAUGUCCUGUUGUACGACCUACGAGGCGCGACGAAACCGUUGUCGAUUGUCGAACCAUGCAGAGACCAGCAGCCCCACCAAAAUCCAAGUUCAGCGGCUUCCAAUGGAGGCGUUCUAUGGGUUCAAUUUAGCCAAGAUCGGUUGAAGGACCUAUCGCUGCUAUCGUCGCCCAUGAAAAAAUCUCAAUCGUUUCAUAUGCAAACGUUGCAAACGUCUCUUUUAAAUCUGGUCCCGCCGCCAUCCAACAACAGCAGGGAUGACACUGGACUCAAACUCUCUUCUGAACCACAUCGCAGCAGUGCCGCUGAUAUCCGCCCUUCUCCAUCUACUGUACGACCAGAACAAGCUGCAGCGACUUCAAGCCCUCCACCCUACCCUACCGAGGGAGAUUUGUCGUCGUCGGGUGAAAAUAUACCAACGACGUGGCUGCGGCACGAAUUGCAAGCCUUGCGCGACGGGUUGUCGGAGGAGAUUCAGCUGGUGCAUUUAGAAGUGUUGCGCCAACAUCAAGCGCAACAAACCGAAGUCGCCGCCGCCAUGCACGAGAUCAAGGUGCAAAUGGCCCACCUCCUCGCCGAAAACGACCGCCUUCGCCAAGAAAACGAACGUCUCAAACACAUUUUUUAACGUUUCCAACACACAGUUUUGAACGGUGUUCUAGACGUUUGUUUUUUAUAUGUCAUACCUGACUGUCGUCAUUGAUACUAC